AUGCUUGGGCGAGCUGCAGUCUCUCGCGCCGUGACCGGAGCCCUGAAGAACAGGCGCACAUUCACCAGUAAAAGAAAUCCAAGCGAGAUGACGACAGCGGAAAGGCAAGAAGCCAUUCGUGAGGCAAACAAAACAAUGAAAGGAUAUGUUGAAACACGGAUUCUUGCAAAGCAGGGCAAACUUAGGAAGCGAAAGGCUUCUGAAGAGACCCAAAGCGCUUCAAAAAUCCAGCUUUCAAUGUUGAUUAGUCUCGCUGCAGCUUUCAUUGCCAGUCCAAUACUUGGGAAGAAAAUCGCAACGGAUCAAGAGUUUCGGGACAAAUAUAUUCCCGAUUGGUAUGACUUUCGGAUCCGUGCUCCCUCUUCAGCUUGGACGAGACAAGAGCUACACGAACAACUUGUUGAGGUCGAGAGAGACAUGAGGGAGCGUGCAAUCAGAGGGGAGUUCACCCCAGAAAAACUGCAAGAUAUGAAAAGGCAAAUGCAUCCCAGAAGUGAUUUGACAGAGGAAGAUUUGUACUACGCCAAAAAGUAUGGGUGGGGGAAAGUCCACCCCGGAGUCGAUGAUGAUGAUGAGGAUGACGAAGACGAUUAA